CAUUGUCUCCAUCGACAUCAUUACCAUUACUGCCAAUUAUAAUAGUUUUGGACUUUUGAAACAACUUUAAUGUUUUGGUAAAAAAUUUAUUCAUUAGAGUUAGAGUGGAGACGAUCGCAAGAUUUUUGUUGAUUUGAUUCAUUGAUAGCAUUCACAGAAUACGAGUUCUUCACUGCUCUCUCAUCCACUCUCUCGCUCUCUCUGCAUACUCUCUCGCAUACUCUCUGUGCUCUCCGUGUACUCUCUCGACUCUCACGCUCUCUCAUACAUAAACAUAGAGAGCGAUCGGCACAUAGACUCAAUCCAUCGUGAGUUACAUCUCGAAGUUAUGGCAACAGUGGUGUUGGCGUGACGGGGAUUGGCUGUAGGUGCGUCACGUGGUUGGCCAGGGAGGCAGUCAUUUGGAUGGUAUAAUGCGCUAUUAAAGUGUGCCGGAGGUUUCCUGGAGAGUACGCUCGGCUCAGCCAUAAUUCAUCUUAUAUAUCAAAAUUGCGUGGAAUAUUGGGCACAAUUACUUGGGUAGAGACUCGGCUCACUCCAUGAGCUCAUACCAGUUCGUCAAUUCCCUGACCUCGUGCUACGGUCAGCCCAGACCGGGGCCCGACUCGGCACAGACACCGCCCGACUACUACACGCCGCAGGUCUACAACAACUGUUACGCCACCGCCGCCAACAACGCCGUGACGGCGGCCACGGCUCAGCCGACAUCCCCCGCCAAUGCCUACUCGGCGUACCUGCAGAACGGCGACCAUCACAGCAGUCAUCAUCACUCGAGUCAUCCGCACGUAUCCACACAUCACAGAGAACUUCAUCCCUAUUCGAGUAAUUCGUGUUCGCAAUCGACAGCUCAGGCCGUAGUCCAGUCGAGGCUCAGUCACCACAGCUCCACUCAGCCCAUACUGCCCUCCCGGACGCCCACCUCUCCCUCGAGCUGCAAGUACGCCGUCGACUCGGCCUCUUCGCCUCAAGAUCUCAGCACAUCCAGCGGUGGCGCCGGACAAUCACCCGAACCCAGAGCCUCGCCACCGCAGCGGUCAUCUGCCGGCUCCCAACAGAACGUACCACAACCUACCGGUGCGAACACAGCUCAAAACAAUUCACAAGGAAAUGGAGCCAAUGGAGGACAGGGCAAGAAUGGCACUUACGGCUCGCAAAACCCGCCGCACAUCUACCCAUGGAUGAGGAAAGUGCACGUCGGCCAAAACGGUGUGAACGCAAUGGGAGAGACGAAGAGACAGAGGACUUCGUACACCAGAUAUCAGACGCUGGAGUUGGAGAAGGAGUUCCACUUUAAUCGUUAUCUCACCCGAAGACGACGGAUAGUACAUACGACUGUUACGGUGUGA